AUGGGGAGCCCGGGCGCCGAGAGCCGCUUCCGGGCGAGUCGACUGCAGGCUCCGCCCAUCGCGCCGGGGGAGGCAAGCUCGGACCGGCCCACGGAGCUGCUGCCGCCCUUCGCGCCCUCCUUGCCGACAUCAUGCUCCAGUUCCUGGCCAGAAGAGGGUAUCCUUGAUGUAAAUUGCCCAACUAAGACAUGGCUGCUCCUCGACGCCUGGAAGUUUCUCCAGUGUCCUAACAAGCUUGGAUUUACUCUUGGCAACGUGGUUGGAAUGUAUCUGGCUCAGAACUAUGACAUACCAAACCUGGCUAAAAAACUUGAAGAAAUUAAAAAGGACGUGGAUGCCAAGAAGAAGCCCCCUAGUUCAUGAGGCUGACUCCAGCACUGCCUUCUGGAGAGACUGGUUCCACUGUUCUCGAGGGCCUCCUUUACCGUCCAAACCAAAAGCUUCUGUUUUAAUCUACUGUCUCAGCAGUUUUCUUCUUUGCUAGAUCCAGCAUUGCCAUAGAGCACAAGUGGAGCUACAAAUUAAGAAUGACCCUAAUUUUUCCAACAUCCUCACUCCUUUCCUUCAUCCUUCAAGCCACUUGGGAGGUCCUAAAACUGGAAUUAUGGUGCUAGAUUAGUAAACAUGACCUUUAAUUGGUAGUCUCUCCCUUAUUCUUUGGGAUUUCUGCUACCUGUUUUCAAAAGAAAAAUUGAUGAGUUUUAUAUAGCUGAUGGGAUAUAAAUAAUGCUGAUUUCACAGUUUAGCAAUUACAAUGGGUGUUUAAACAUGUGGUACUAAAUUAUGUUGUUUCAAAGUAGUAAUUAAAAUCUAGAAGUCAACUUCUGGUGAAUUACCCAUUAAUUUUAUAUUAUCAGGAAGCUCCAUAGUUGCUAAUUUAAUCAGUAAAUCAAUUUGCUAUUCAUUAACCAAAAAACUGUUCUGAGAACCCUGUCACGAACUGGGGAAUUGAAAAAUAUUUAAAAUAAUGGCCUUUGUCCUCAGUAGAGUUCAUAGUCUAGUAUGAAUGUUUUCUCUUAAUGAUGUAUUGGAUCUGGCUCUUUUCCUUCAUAAAAAUCAUACUUAUUUGAAGGGGUUACAAGCGCUUUUGACAUUACAUGGUGGAUAGAUGAGAAAUUGUCUAUCAAGGAAAUUUUAUGCCUUUUUACAUCUAAAAAUGUAUUUACAUUAUAACUUUAUAGUGAUUCUCAUAAGAAGACUUUGUGUUACUUUUCUCUGCAAUUAGAAAUUACUCUUGUAAUUUGUCAAAUGUAUAAUCAGUCCAUAUUUUUUUUAAUUAAAAAAAAUUUAAAUAUGUAACUUUCCCCCUAGGUCAGUAAAAAAGUUAUUUGGAAUAAAGGGCCUGCCCCACCCCUGUCCUCCAGCUCCUAGUUUCUCUUCCUGGAGUCAGGAACUGUCACCAGUGUCCUGUAUACUUUUGAGAAAGAUUCUGUGCCUAAACACACAUGUGCACACAGGUUUUUAUACAAAUGAUAAAAAACUAUAUAGAGUUUUCCCCAGUGGAGGUCACUCCAUAUCAGUAUAUAAAGAACAAAGAACCUCUUUCCUUUUGUGGCUACAUAAGGUUCUGCUGAAUGACUGUGCCAUAGUUUAUUUCAUCUGCUCCUGAUGAACGUUUAGGUUGUUUGCUGUCUUUUGCUAUUACAGUGAUAACCUUAAACCUACUGUGCAGGGGAUAGCUACCAGCUAAAGUCCUGGAAGUGUAAUUAGCACUAAAUAUAAAUAAAAUCCUGUCUUACUGGGUGUUUUGUAUCAGAGGGCUUGUUGGGUAGCCUCACCGAUAAUGCCAUUUCUGAAGACAUUUUAGCAGAAUCAGUAAACUGGAAGAAUGACUUAGAAAUACCCAGACAGUGAUGACACUGACACUAAAUGUGAUUGUAAAAUGAAGUGAUUCUACUACUCUUUGAAAAUAUGGAUCCCUCAUACAUGGAGAUAAAUUUUGUCCCUGUCCGGUUGUCCUGGUGUUUGAGACAGAUUAAGAUCAUGUAAUGGUUUGGCUUCUCCCUUGGAGUAUGUUGGGGGCAAGUGGCUUAUUUUUCUGAAACUGUUGUAUUUUCCGUAAGAUGCGGACACAAUACCUACCUCAUAGGGCUUCCAUGAGAAACAGCUGAGAUAAUGUAUGUGAUGUGUAGCACAGUGCUUUGCAAAUUUCCAAUAAAUAGUAGCUAUUAGUCUAAA